AUAAGUCAAUUCGACAUUUGCAGCCAACCUUAGAAAUUGAACAAAAUGGACGCCGGAAAAAAAGAACGUAUAGUUGAAAUAAGUGAUGAAAGUAAUGAGCUGAGCAGUGAUGAGAAUUCUUUAAAAAAAGAGAAAAAAAAGCACAGUAGUAAAAAGAAGCACAAACACAAACAUAGACACACAAGUACAGACAGAUCUAAGUCAGACAAGUCACGUCAUAAACACAAGAAAAAGAAGCGAAAACAUGAAAAAGAAAAAGAAGAAAAUGUUCCUAAAAUAUCAAAUAAAAAAUAUAAAGUGGAAGAGACAAUCGAUCUUGAUGAAUUAGAGGCAGCAAGACAGGCACUGUGGGCACAGUUAGAUGGCAAGAGUGGUAAAACGGAAGAUGAAACGCUCAAUGCUAUGAAACUUAUUGUUCAAGGCUAUGCAGACUCAGGUGAAGAAGAAGGGGAGAUUGAUCAUGACAUUCAUAUAGUUGAAAAAACACAUGCUUUAUUAAAACAAAAUUCUGUUCAAGAUGAUGAUGAUGAUGACUUAGAUGAUAUAGAAAUAAUAGAAGAAAAAAGUAAUCUACCUUAUGUUAAUGUGCCUGGUUCUAGACAAAAAUCUUUGUCAGAGACUCUUCCUCGUGAGGGAAAAGAGAAUAGGGAGAGGAAACGUAAAAAAACAAUACCUCAAAUAGACAAUAGAAGUAGAUCACGUUCACAAUCUCGAUCUAAUCAAAAUGAAAAAUAUUUUAUGGGUUCGUCCUCGGGCAGAGAUCAUCAUUCAUCAUCAAGAUCAUCACCUAAUUCAAAACGAGAACGCCGAUCAUCACCAGCACACACAGGCAGGGAAACAUCAAGAGAUAAAGACAGGAGAAGUAGAAUUUCACCUGGAAGAUCUCAUUCAAAUCAUGCUGUGUCAAGAGAUGACUAUCAUAAAAGAGGUAGAGUAAACUCCCCUCCACCACCCAGACGCCAUUUUUCACCACCUCGUAAUCAACCACGUUCUAAUAGUCCAAGCAAGAGGUUACGUAGAAGUCGCUCGCCUGAUAGAAUACGAGAUAGGACCAGAGGUAAUGGUAUGAUGAACAGUAGACCACAAGACAGAUAUCGUGGAGGGAUGCGUAGUAGAAGUAGAUCACAUGAUCGUAAUAAUGGAAGAAGAGAUGGACGUAGAUCACCGAGAGAUCGUAGAAGACGAUCAGAUGGAAGAAAAGAAGAUAAAUUUAAAGGAAGUUUAUCAGAAGGCAUGGCACCUCCACAUCAUUCCUCUAGUAGUGAUGAAGAAUUAGAUAUAGCUCCUGAUGAAGAAGAAGAUGAAGAUGCUAUUAUAGAGAGAAGAAGAAGAGAGAGACAAGCUUUACUGCAGAAAUUUCAAAGUAAUCCUGUUACAAAUGAUGUUAUAAAUGAAGAAAGUAGACAGACUGUUGAUACUGUAUCUGAUAGUGAUGGUGAAAGUUCCCAUAGUUCCAGUGCUAGUGAUAUAGCUGAUAGAGCUAAACAAGAUUUAAAACACGAUGAAGAGAACAUUCCAGAUUUUGAAGAAUCUAUCAGAGAGAAAAAGAGUCAUGUGGUCAAUGACAAUGAUGAUGAAAAUGAUGAGAAGAAGUCUAAUAAAACUGGUGAUAGAGACAUGUUUUCAGAAACAGCAGAUAUGUUUUCAGAAAAUUAUGAUAGUCCUUCUGGUAUUGGUAAAUUUUCAUUUGGUGCAAAUGAGAAUCCAGCUUUAACUGAUAAUUGGGAUGAUGCUGAAGGCUACUAUAGAGUAAGAAUAGGUGAAGUGUUAGAUAAACGUUAUACUGUAUAUGGUUAUACUGGACAUGGUGUAUUCAGUAAUGUAGUUCGAGCUAGAGAUGCUGCUCGUGGUAAUCAAGAAAUAGCAAUAAAAAUCAUCAGAAACAAUGAAAUGAUGCACAAGACAGGUUUAAAAGAAUUGGAAUUUCUCCGUAAAUUGAAUGAUGCUGAUCCAGAUGACAAGUUUCAUUGUUUACGAUUAUAUCGUAAUUUCUUUCAUAAAAAUCAUCUUUGCUUAGCGUUUGAAUCGUUAAGUAUGAAUUUAAGAGAGAUAUUAAAAAAGUAUGGUAAAGAUAUUGGUCUACAUAUUAAAGCUGUACGUUCCUAUAGUCAGCAGUUAUUCCUUGCAUUAAAGUUAUUAAAGCGAAGUUCUAUACUGCAUGGUGAUAUCAAACCUGAUAAUAUUUUAGUGAAUGAUUCAAAACUGGUUUUAAAAUUAUGUGAUUUUGGUUCUGCUUCACAUGUAUCUGAAAACGAUAUAACACCAUACCUAGUUAGUAGGUUCUACAGAGCUCCAGAAAUCAUACUAGGUAGAGGAUAUGAUCAUGCUAUAGAUAUGUGGUCAGUGGGUACAACUAUAUUUGAACUGUAUACUGGAAGAAUUAUGUUUCCUGGACAAUCUAACAAUGAGAUGCUCAAAUUUAUGAUGGAUCUAAAAGGAAAGAUUCCCAAUAAGCUCAUCCGUAAGAGCAUGUUUAAAGAUCAACAUUUCGAUGCUAAUUAUAACUUUUUGUAUAGAGAAGUGGAUAAAGUCACAUUAAGGGAGAAGGUGACAGUGUUGAGUACUAUUAGUCCCAGUAAAGAUCUGUUAGCAGAAUUAGUAGGAUAUCAACGUCUACCAGAUGAUCAGCUGAGAAAAGUUACACAACUGAAAGAUUUGUUAGAAAAAACACUUAUGUUGGACCCUUCGAAACGUUUCAGCAUUAGUCAAGCUUUAAAUCACCCUUUUAUACAAGAAAAAAUCUAAAUCCAUUAAGACUUUGUGAAAUACCAAGAUAAAUAUCCAAAUAAUCUUGAAAAAACUUAAUCUACUAUCAUCUCUUUCGGUGGAUUUUUUUUUAAGGAGAUUGAAUUUAUACAAUACACUUGAUAUAAUGAGGUGUUUUGUUUUAAUGAUGAGAUGAAUGUAUAAGAGGAGAAAAUUACAAAUAAUUGAGUAUUGAAGUGCUAAUUAGAUAGAAAUAGGAACAUAAUAGACACUUCCAACCAGAGUGGCUAACAUUGUUCUUCACCAUCAGUUGAAUUUUAGUAUUAACUGAAAAAUACUGAAUUAUUUCACCUCCUACCAAAAUGUAAAUAUCUUCUGAGCCUUGGAAUCUUAUGUUAUAUAUUUGAAGAGAAUUCCUUAUAUUUAACUUAUUAAAUGAAUAUUUUUUCAGAUAAAUAUGUGGUCAUCUCGGCCCGUGGUGUGUUAUAUUCUACUGUAUCUACAUAUCUAAGGUUUGACAAAGCAGCCAGAUAAGUCUUAGUAUAAUUUUAUUAUAACUAUGGUACUGUUUAAUUGUAUAGUAAAACAACUGUUGUUUUGCAAUGUCUGCUUAGGAUAUGUGACUUUUAGGAUAAAUUAUGUCGGAACAAUUGUAGACUCGGAUGUUUGUCCUAAUUGUCAGUUAUUUCUAGAUGACGUUGUGGUUGGUCUAAGUAGCAUUGUGAUUAUUCUAGGUAACAUUGUCCUUGGUGGCAUUUAUACCUUGUAGCAGUUUCUUGGUGGCAGUUGUGCUUGUUAGAAGUUGUCCUGAAAGGAAAAUUUGGGCAACUGAUGGCAGUGUUCUGGUAGCACUACACCAAAUUUUAUUUGUUUUGAUUCCUGAUAAUAAAACCGUGUUAUUAAGAAUAAAGCAGUAUUAUUAAAACACUAAGAAAACAGGUCAUAGUAUUUUGCCUUCUAGUUUCUAUUAUCAAUUUGGUUCAGUUUCGGUCUAAUGACUUUCACAGCAGCUCAGUUUUAUCCCCCUUUUUGUAAAAACUUGUUGUUUUUCUGUAUGUUAGCUACUCUGGUUAGAAUCUAUUAUGAGUUAGGAUUUUACUGCUGGAGUAUUUCAAACAUUAUUUUUGUAUCCAUGUUAUCAUUAAUGUACAUAAUUUAGAUUUAGUUCAAGGGAUUAAUAUUAGAUGGAAUAUUUGAAGGAAUUUUACAAUGUAUAAAAUAUUAAUGUUGAUUUCAUUGUAAUAGUUGAUGAUUUGCAUUUGCAUAUACAUUUAUUGAUGUCAUUUUCAGAACUAGUGUGUUUAAAACUUUUUGUAUAUAUAUAUAUUAAUUCUAAGUAUAGGUUAUUCAGGUUAGUGUAUAAGGUAAUGUCCAAAAAUAUGAAGUUUUCAGGAAAUCGUCCCCCCAAAAAUGGAUGUUUUGAUUUUAUUUGUAAGUUGCGUUUUGAUUCUGUGAUUGUGGGGAUAAAGGUAUACAGUGUGGGAACUCUAACCUGAUGAGAUUUAAAUAAGGUCCUUGAUUUCCUCUUUCUUCUGCACCCUGGUAUAAACAAAAUACCACUCAGGUGUCAAAAUAUAACCAGGUUUUCUUGAGUGGACAUUAAAACAUUUUUUCUCGUCUGAUUUUGUAUAGAUAUAUUAAAGCCAUGAAGGCUGUUGUUUGUAAUAUUAUGAUUAUGUACAUCCAACAAUUUAUCUGUGAAUAUUGAAAUAUUUUAAUUAAUUGUAGGUACUAUGUAUCUUUUGUCUUCUAUAUAGGUUAAAUGGUGGCCAAUUAUAUGAAUAAAUAGAAUGCUAGCCUACAAAAACUCACUAAUUGGUAAUGAGUUUGUUUUUUUAUUGCACACUUUUUUUAGCCAUAUUGCUUUUAGUUUUUUAACUUUUAUUUUUCAAGAAAAAUUUGAACUUAAUCGUUGUUUCUUAUUCACAAUAGUUCUCCUUAAAUUCUCAUUUUGUUGAUUUUUUCUUGUCAGUAACAUAUUCAUCAACUUCAUAUUUAUAGAUGAUUUACGGUUCUAAAAGCCCUUUAUAUAAAUUCUCAUUUUGAAUGUGUUUGAAAAUAAGCUGCAAAAUUUGCCUUUGGUGACAUUUGUGAUCAAGAACUUUGAAGAUUAACCCUUUUGUAAUAAGAACAUUGCUAUAUAACUGGCUAAGAAAUGUGUCAUUUUCAUAAACUCAAACAAAACUUGAGACUAACUUAUUAAAUGAGGGCUACUUUUUUUUAUAUAUUUUAUCAUCGUUUCAUCUUCUUUUAUACGCCCACAUUUUCAUGUGGACAUAAAUUGUCGUUACCCCUAUCAUUCCGUCAGUGUGUCCAUUCACAUUUUGUUUGUGGAACUUGUACAGGUCACAAUUUUUAUCUGAUUUUGAAGAAACUUGAAAUAUAGGUUUAUAUACCAAAGAUCUUGAUUCCUUUCGAUAUUGGCACAUGGAUUAUACGAAAAAUCUAGUUUUUAGCUCUUUGACACUGUAGACAUAACAAUUUUUAUCCGAUUUUGAUGAAACUUAUAAUGUAUGUUUAUGUACAUUUUGAAAUUGGUACAUAUCGGACUAACUUCCUGGAUGAUGACCUCUAAUUGUAUGAAAAAUCAUGGGUUUAGCUUGUGGAAUUUUUAUCUGAUUUCAAAAACUAUUCAGCUAUAUCAUCGUUACACUUUAAUGAUGGUUGAGUUUGAUUUUCAUGAAAAUCGGACCGAAACUGGCUGAUAAAGUGGACGCUUCUGGUACGCAAAUAGUGUAAAAGUAUGUAAUACCAACGUUGUGGACCCUCUAGAGAUCACAAUUUUUAUCCAAUUAUGAUGAAACCUAAAAUAUCUCGGUACCGUAACUUCCGGGACCCCUCUAGAGGUGUCAAUUUUUAUCUGAUUUUGAUGAAACUUAUAUGUAUGUUUAUAUCCUAAAGAUCUUGGUUCCUUUCGAUAUUUGCGCAUAUCAGACUGUAACUUCCUGGAUCAUGUCCACUGAUUGUACAAAAAAUCAGGUUUUUAGUUUAUGGACCCUCUAAUGGUCACAAUUUUGGUUUGAUUUUUAAAAAAAAUGUUCAUAUAUAUAUAUAUAUCACUGUGAGGUUGACGUCGAAUAUCAUGAAAAUCAGAAUGAAACUUCCCGUCAAAAUAGUCUCUCCCCUUUACGCAAAUUUUUAUCUGAUUUUGAUGACAGUUUAAAACGUAUGGUUAUAUCCCAAAGAUUUUAGUUUCUUUUGAUAUUGACGAAUGUCGGACUGUAACAUCCUGGAUUAUGGACCCUUAUUGUGUGCAAAACGCUUUUAUUUGGCUUAUUCUCUGUCCAUCUCUUGCAAAAUGUGGGCCUAUCUUGCAUGGCAACCGCUUGUUUAAUUUUAUAGUAAAAAUUGUUUCUAUUUCUAGUCUAUCAUAUGUAAUAAUUUUCUCUCAAGUUUUGUCAAAGCUUAACAUACAAUUGGAACUGAACAAUUUUUCUGUUUCUUUUUUUGCCAUGAAUCGAGACAAGUGGUUUUGGAGGCUGUGUAUCUGUACUGCUGGGGGAUACUGAUAAUCUGAGACUGUCAUAAAUCUAAAAGUUACUGAUCUUCUUGGCAGAGGUUUGAGAGGCCAGAAACAACCAGCCUUUAUCACGUAAUAAAUUGAUAAAGUCACCUGUUAAAUAUAUAUAUUGUACAAUUUUAUUUUUAGAAUAUGAAAAUAUUGCCCUUGUGUUUGUGAACCAGCUGAAAAAGAUCCAAUAUUUUUAGUAAAUUGACACUGUGUUGCUGUUGGAGGAAAAAACCCACUGUAGUAUAAGAAUAGUCAUAUUUUGAGUUUGAAGACAUGGCUAUAGUGGUUUCAAUCCCUCUUGUAUGUUACAAGGAGUAGGGUUCUCUGGUUUCCUCCUACUGCUUCAAACCCCUGUACCAUUUGUUAUUCCCGAAAUGACGCUAGUUUUUGUUAAAUGGACAUUAAACUGGUCUCUCUCUCUGGCUGAAGAGAAAUUUAUUUGAUAAAUGAAUGAAACCUAGCAAUCACAUUAUGUCAUUUUACCAAAAAGGAUUUCUGUCAGCAUCUAUAAUAGGGAAUACAAAAUCAAAGAAGACUGAUUCCAUUCUCCCCAGUUUUCAAUAGUAUAAUUCAUGAAUUGUUGACCACUCCAUUGCAACCUUUACAUACUGGUAUUUAAGGAAAAUUUAUGAAAAUUCUGUGUUGUGAUUUUUAACCGCACAAAUCUUCCUGUUAUAGUAUAAAAUUAUACAUUUACAUUGUAGGUUAACACAGAAGAAGAAAGAAUCGAGAAUGGCUGCUCAUACCAAGGUUAAAUUUCCAGAGAAUUCACAAAUAUAUAAAUCAUUUAAUUUCUUUUGUUGUAUUUCUUGUGUACAGUUCAUGUAUAUAUUUCAAUCAUAAUGAUGUUUAAGGCUUAAUUGAUUUCAUUAUUUAUACUCAUGUGGUUAUUAAAGGUAUGUGAUAAGCUUCCUAUUAUUCAUUCUUGAUAAAAAAAAGAUUCUGUCAGACUAUUUGUGUAAAAAGCUAAAAAUUAUAUCCAGGAACUGAACUUUGAUUUCAAGAUCUCAUAAUCACUAUUAGUGCUUUUGGAGGUAUUCAUCUGUUUGUAAAGAAAUAAUUUUUAGUUGAUAUAACCAAACUGCCUGACAAAAAUAUAUGAAAUAUACAGAUGGUUUUGAGAUUUGACAACAAAACUGGUUCAUCCUUUAAAUUCAAUUUCUAAGCUAUUUAUUUUUUAUUUAUAGGUAAGUUUCAUUCCAGUAUUGUGUAUUUAUUCUGAAAGUUAAGAGAAAAACCUGGAAGAACAUCCUAUGAAUAAUUUGACUGGAGAUAGAUGCAUGAAGGAUAAUUAAGAACCGCAACUCUUAUAGAAAAUCACCAAUUGAAAAAUUAAGACAUUCUGUAUAUAUAUGAAUAUAUAUAAAUUAAGAGAAAUAUGUAAAGUAUUUAAUGAAAUUUUAAAA